AUGAUCAAGCUUUCUUACGGUAGACCAUCAUGCAUCCGGCUGCUGGAUCUCGAGCCCGGUGCAUUCGGCCUUUCCCUGAAGGCAACAAUGAGGGUGGUGCACCUUGAUACAGAGCCCGACUAUGAUGCACUAAGCUACACUUGGGGAUCUUCCACUGAGUUGAGGUGGAUCGGAGUCAAUGACAGAUAUGUGGUCAACAUCACGAACAACCUGUUUCACGCCUUACAGCGGUUGAAGGGUGAGGACGAAGUGCGCACGAUCUGGAUUGAUGCCAUAUGUGAGUAUCGGUUUGCGGUAGCAGGAGACUAUGGAAACUCAGUCGUUCCAGGCAUCGAUCAGAGCAACAUCGCCGAGCGAGGCGCGCAAGUGGCAAUCAUGGCCUCCAUCUACCAGAACGCACGUUGUGUCGACGUGUGGCUUGGUGAGCCUGAUCCAGCUCACCUCGGUCCUUCUUUGUUCUUCGGACAACAGGCCCCGCGAGGGUACUGGCCGACUGGGGAGCUAGCGACUGAUACGCAGGACGGCGAGAUUCGCAAGGCUCUGCUGAGUGCCGUCCUCAAAACCAAACCAGUGUGGCACACGCGAGUGUGGGUUAUCCAGGAGGCAGCUCACGCUCAGGCGCUUUAUCUAUGCUUCGGGCCUUACCGUCAAAAGAUGAAGAAAACGGUCCGCGAUAAUGGCACUGGCUCCACCUAUGGCACCGGAACCUACGAUCUUGCCACUGCCCUAGAAAGAUUCUGCUCCUUCGUUUCUGUGACUCGCAGAUCUGCAUCCGUGCCCUCCAACAACACAGUCUCUCACAUUAUUCGCGCACUGCAAGGACGGACAUUUGCAGCCACUGACCCUCGCGACUUCGUGUACAGCAUGCUGAGCUUCAUUGAUCCAGUACUGGCACACGAAAUUGGAUCGGACUACGCCCUCAAGCCAGAACGAGUCUUCGCAAAGGCGACGUUUGUCACGCUCAGGCACGACGGACAUUGCAGGAUCCUGGGUUUUACCGGAGCGGACGUAAAGAACACCCAGGACAGCCUGUUGCCGACCUGGACCGUCGACUUUGCGUACCUCAUGAGCGCUUCACUGCCGCGUUGCUACCUGAUAGGAACGCCACAUGCACCUGACGAUGAUACACCCAGACUACUCCACGAGCUGGAAAGAUCAGAUUCGCCGAACAUAACACUUGAUGUAGCAUACCGCCAGCUCACUGUUUCAGCAUUGUGGUAUAGUGAAGUGUCCCUUGUCCACGAGAUCCACUGGCGGAAGGCGAACGGCUACCCUGGCCCGACCAGAAGCGGUGGCCGAAGAGAAGCCUUCAUGCUCUCAACACUGCUGAACUUUACCAGGACAGCCGGGCUCGCAGACGCCCACACAGCAGCGUGGACGGCAAGAUGGGCUGCAGCUGACGUCGGCACACCGGAUGCCGCUACAGACCGGUAUGCGGAUCUAAUCGAGAACUGGCAGAAUGCCUGCAAGGAACUCGGACAGGAUGUGCGGCCCCGGUGGUUUGCAAAACGCGGGUGGCUGUUUGAUCAACUGCAAGCGGCGUUUCUGGAGUACCCCAAGGCGAGAGCCUUUUCGCUGCCUGAUGGAUUAAUAGGGGUGGGCCCAAUGACAAUAGAAGAGCGGGAUACUGUUGUCAUGUACCCUAGGGGUGGUGCACACAGUCCGUUUCUUGUCUUGCAUUGGACGGCUGAUGGCUGGCAAUUGAGAGGUCGAGCGUAUGUGCAUGGGCCACAGUUUGCUGCGUUUUGGGAGCAGAGGUAUGCGCCGGCGGUGGUGGAGAGGGACUUCGUCAUUAUUUGA